AGAAUUUACUCAUAACAGAGUAUGCUGAUGGUGGAAAUUUACGGAUGUAUCUUAAGGAUCAUCCAGAAUUAACUUGGGAUGAUAGAAUCAAGUUGGCUUAUCAGAUUACUGAAGGAAUAAAAUUUCUUCAGGGAGAAAAGAUUCUUCAUCGUGAUUUACACUCUGGAAAUAUAGUAGUACACCAAGGAGAAGCUAAAAUUAUUGAUCUUGGUAUUGCAAAAAGUAUGGAAACUCAAACAAAUAUUCAUUCGGGUGUAUUUGGAGUAAUUGCUUUAGGCGUUCUUAUGUGGGAAAUAUCUAGUGGUAAACCUCCUUUUGCUGACGGAAAUAUUAGUGAAAAUCUUUUAAAGUAUGAUUUAAUAAAUGGACAUAGGGAAGAACCAGUACCUGAUACACCUGACAAAUACUUGAAAUUAUAUAAAUCAUGUUGGGAACCUGAACCAAACAAAAGACCAUCAAUUAAUCAAGUUUUUAGUAAAUUAGUUAAAUUAGGAAGAGAGAUGAGUAUUCAAGACUUUCAAGAUAUCAAAUGUGAUGAUGAUGAUAUGCAAAGCAUUCAAGAUAAUGACAACAAUACUGAUGCACAAGCAGCAAAUAUUAAUGGUGAAGCAGAUGAUAAUUAUGAUCUAGACGUUCCCAAUGGCACUAUUUGAUUCAAAUGAUUAAAAUAACUAUAGAUUUGAUCAUUAUACUCUGUAAGUUCAUAAUUUUUAUUCAGUAAAGUCAUUAAUUAAAUACAGUAUAUAUAGUAGAUUACUAUUAAAAAUAAUAUAUUUUAACUUUUUUGGGUGAUCAGCAUAAUAAUCUUUAUAAAUGUAAACUUUAGAUUCGAU